CUCCGUACCGCUACCAGCUGCGGCGGCUGUGGCAGCGGCGCAUUCUCGCCUUGUAAAUCCAAACAAUGACUCCUACUACGGAUCGGAGGAAAACACGCGAGUAGAAUGCCUCUGACUGCACCGCUUUUGUCGCGAUCGCCACGCCAAACUUAAAAGCACCCGCCGUAACCAUGUGGAUACCUACGGAGCAGGAAAAAUACGGCGUCGUGCUGGCCACUUUCCGAGGCACCGUCCAGCACGGCCUGCCGCUGGAAAUUGGCGACACGGUGCAGAUCCUGGAAAAAUGUGAAGGCUGGUAUCGAGGAUUCAUCUUGAAGAAUCCAAUCCUCAAGGGCAUCUUCCCGACCAGUUACAUCCACCUGAAGAACGCCAACGUCAAGAACAAAGGGCAAUUUGAGACGGUCCUUCCCGUUGAGGACUCGGUCAUCACCGAGAUGACGUUGACGCUGCGCGACUGGGGGGCCAUGUGGAAGCAGCUCUAUGUGAAGAACGAGGGGGAUUUGUUCCACCGCCUUUGGCACGUGAUGAAUGAGAUCUUGGACCUGAGGAGGCAAGUGCUGGUGGGCCACCUCACCCACGACCGCAUGAGGGACGUCAAGCAGCACAUCACGGCCCGACUGGACUGGGGUAACGAGCAACUGGGUUUGGACCUGGUCCCGAGACAGGAGUUCAGCAUGGUGGACCCGGACGAAAUCAGCGUGACGGAGCUCUACAGACUGAUGGAGCAUCGGCAUCGCAAGAAGGAGACGCCGACGCCCGCCAGCACCCAUCACUUGUUUGUCCACGUCAAGAGCCUGAUGAGUGCUAACCUGGGGGAGGAGCUCGAGGUCUUCUUCCACAUUUAUGACGGGCGGGAGACCCGGCCACUCAGUGAAAGGUUCUUUGUCAGGCUGAAUAAAAGCGGCUUGCCCAAGUCGCCGGAGAAAACGGAGAGACAGUGCACCCUCUUUGUGGAUCUGGGCAGCAGCGAUCUGCGAAAAGAUGUCUACAUCGUCGUGCACAUCAUCAGAAUAGGGAGAAUGGGCGCCGGGGAGAAGAAGAACCAGUGUAGCGUUCAGUACCGCCGCCCGUUCGGCUGCGCCGUCGUCAGCAUCGCCGAUCUGCUCACGGCCGACUCCAAGGACGACCACCUGCUCAAGGUUUACGCGUGUAACACCGAAAGCGAGUGGCACCAAAUUCAUGAGAACAUCAUCAAAAAGGUCAAUUCCAGAUACAACCUGUCCGGAUCCAACACGGGGCUGGCGGUGGCUCUCCAGCUCCUCCACGGGGACAUCGAUCAGCUGAGGCGGGAGUACAUGGUGCUCUUCACGCGCGGCGUCUCCAUCACCAGGAAGCUGGGCUUCUCCGACGUCAUCAUGCCAGGAGAGAUGCGCAAUGACCUUUACGUCACACUGGAGAAAGGCGAGUUUGAAAAGGGUGGCAAGAGCGUCGCCAGGAAUGUGGAGAUCACCAUCUACUUGCUGGACAUCGAUGGACAAAUCCUCAAGAGUCACGUCACCGCCGGGUCGGGGGAACCGGGCGGGGAUGAGUACCACUCGUUGGUGCUGUACCACAACAAUAGCCCACGGUGGGCGGAGCAAAUCAAGCUGCCCAUCCCUGUGGACAUGUUCCGGGGAUCGCACGUGCGCUUUGAGUUCCGACAUUGCUCCACCAAAGAGAAAGGCGAGAAGAAGCUGUUCGGCUACUCCUUUGUGCCGCUGAUGCAGGAGGACGGGAGGACUCUGCCGGAUGGCACCCACGAGCUCAUCAUCCAGAAGUGCGACGAGAACACCAGCUUGGCGGACUGCACGCGUUACCUGAAGCUGCCUUUCUCCAAGGCCAACAUCCCAUCCAACAACCAGACGCUGAAAGGCACCAAGGAGUCUUUUUGGAUCACCAGCUUCCUCUGCUCCACCAAGCUCACGCAAAACGGCGAUAUGCUCGACUUGUUGAAGUGGCGCGCGCACCCCGAGCGGAUCAACGACAGCCUGUCCAAGCUGAAGGAGAUCGACGGCUCGGAGAUUGUCAAAUUUCUACAAGACACUUUGGACACGCUUUUUGGUAUUCUGGACGAGAGCUCCCAGAGAUACGGCCUCAAGGUGUUUGACUCCCUGGUCCACAUCAUCAACCUUCUCCAAGACAGCAAGUUUCAGCAUUUCAAGCCGGUCAUGGACACCUACAUCGAGAGCCACUUUGCGGGGGCUCUCUCAUACAGGGACCUGAUCAAAGUUCAGAAGUGGUACGUGGACCGCAUUGUGGACGCCGAGCAUCAGGAGCAUAUUCAGCAGGUGCUCAAGGCCAGCGAGUACAUCUUCAAGUACAUCGUCCAGUCCCGCCGCCUCUUCUCCUUGGCGACGGGAGGCCAGAACGAGGAGGAGUUCCGCGUCUGCAUCCACGAGCUCUUCAUGUCCAUUCGCUUCUUCCUCUCGCAGGAAAACAAGGGCACCAGUCCGGUGGCGCAAACGCAGGCGGUGUUCCUGCGAACGUUCCCGGCGGUUUACGGCGAGCUCCUGAAGAUUUUCACCGUGCGGGAGGUGGCCGGUUUCGUGCGGGAGACGCUGGGCAGCCUGCCCGCCAUCGUCCACGCCGACUGCCCCUUGGAGGCCGUCAAGCUGCAGUGCCUGGCCAAGACGGUGGAGAGCCAACUGUACACCAACCCGGAAUCCAGGUGCAUCCUGUUGCCGGUGGUGCUGCGCAUCCUGCAGGCUCACAUGCAGGAGCAGAGAGACCUGGUCAUGUGCGCCCGCAUCCUCACCAGCAUGCUGUCGCUCAUCAAGAAGGAGGAGAACGGCACCUCGGAGCCGGUGAUCUCGGAAGAAGUGGACCUGAUCGUGGAAAGUCUGCUGGCAGUGCUGCUCAGGACCAUCCUGGAAAUCAGCAACCGACCGCAGCCCGCCGGGCCGGCCAUGAGACUUCAGUUCCAGGAUGUCACUGGGGAGUUUGUGGCGUGUUUGUUGGCGCUGCUGCGACAGAUGAGUGACAGACACUACCAGCAGCUGCUGCAGGCGUUCGGCAGCAAAGACGACUUGAGGGAUUUCCUCCUUCAGAUCUUUACGGUCUUCAGGAUUCUCAUCCGACCGGAGAUGUUCCCGAAAGAUUGGACUGUCAUGCGACUGGUUACCAACAACGUCAUUAUCACCACCGUCCUCUACCUCUCUGAAGCCCUGAGGAAAAACUUUCUCAAUGACAAGUUUGACUACAAGGUGUGGGAUUCGUAUUUCUACCUGUCAGUAUUGUUUAUCAACCAGCCCUGCCUUCAGCUGGAGUCCUUCUCUCCCUCGAAGAGGAAGAAGACGUUGGAAAAGUACGGAGACAUGAGAGUGAUGAUGGGCUGCGAGAUCUUCAGCAUGUGGCAGAAUUUAGGGGAGCACAAGUUGAACUUCAUCCCGGCGAUGAUCGGUCCGUUCCUGGAGGUGACGCUGGUGCCGCAGCCCGACCUGAGGAACGUCAUGAUCCCCAUUUUCCACGACAUGAUGGACUGGGAGCAGAGGCGCAGCGGCAAUUUCAAACAGGUGGAGGCAAAGCUCAUCGACAAGCUGGACAGCCUGAUGUCAGAAGGCAAAGGAGAUGAGACGUACAGAGAGCUCUUCAACAGCAUAAUUCCUCUGUUUGGUCCGUACCCUAGCCUGCUGAAGAAGAUCGAGCGGCGCGCGACGGGGCGGGAGAGCGGCAUCUCGCUCAUCGCCACGGUCACCCGAUUAAUGGAGAGGCUGCUGGACUACAGGGACUGCAUGAAGCUGGGAGAAGUGGACGGCAAGAAAAUAGGUUGCACCGUCAGUUUGUUGAACUUCUAUAAAACGGAGCUCAACAAGGAGGAAAUGUACAUUCGGUACAUCCACAAGCUGUAUGACUUGCAUCUCAAGGCACAGAACUACACAGAGGCCUCGUACACCCUCUUGCUCUACGACGAGCUGCUCGAAUGGUCGGACCGGCCCCUGCGAGAGUUCCUCAACUACCCCAUGCAGAGCGAGUGGCAGCGGAAGGAGUUUUUGCACCUCACCAUCGUCCAGAACUUUGACAGAGGCAAGUGUUGGGAGAACGGCAUCAUCCUAUGCCGAGAGCUGGCCGACCAGUACGAGUCCUACUAUGACUACCGGAACCUCAGCAAGAUGAGGAUGAUGGAAGCGUCGCUGUAUGACAAGAUCAUGGACCAGCAACGGCUUGAGCCAGAAUUCUUCAGGGUGGGAUUCUACGGAAAAAAAUUCCCCUUUUUCUUACGGAACAAGGAGUUUGUGUGCCGUGGCCACGACUACGAGAGGCUGGAGGCCUUCCAGCAGCGGAUGCUCAACGAAUUCCCACACGCCAUCGCCAUGCAGCACGUCAACCAGCCGGACCAGACCAUCUACCAGGCCGAUGCGCAGUACUUGCAGAUCUACGCCGUGACGCCGAUCCCCGAGAGUCAAGAUGUGCUGCAGCGCGACGGCGUGCCCGACAACAUCAAGAGCUUCUACAAGUUCAAUCACAUCUGGAGGUUCCGAUACGAUCGGCCCUUUCACAAGGGCACCAAAGACAAGGAGAACGAGUUCAAGAGCCUGUGGGUGGAGAGGACGACCCUGACGCUGGUCCAGAGUCUUCCCGGCAUCUCGCGGUGGUUCGAGGUGGACAAACGAGAGCUGGUGGAGGUGAGCCCACUGGAGAACGCCAUCGAGGUGAUCGAGAACAAGAACCUGCAACUGCGCACGCUGAUUGCGCAGUGCCAAAGCCGGCAGAUGCAAAACGUCAACCCCCUCACCAUGUGCCUCAACGGGGUCGUCGACGCCGCCGUCAACGGCGGGCUGGCCCGCUACCAAGAGGCCUUUUUUGUGAAGGACUACGUGAUGAAUCACCCCGAGGACGGGGAGAAGAUCGGGCGCCUGAGGGAACUCAUGUUUGAACAGGCGCAUAUUCUGGAAUACGGCCUGGCCGUGCACGAGAAGGUGGUGCCUCAGGACAUGAGGCCUCUGCACAAGAAGCUGGUGGACCAGUUCCAUUUGAUGAAAUCCAGUCUGGGCAUCCAGGAGUUUCCGCCUUACGUGCGCGCAAGCCCGGUGCACUUCACCAACGGAAGCCCGCGCACGUGCCGGAACUCGGUGCCGAGCAGCAUCAUCAGCCCAGAUGGCAGCAGAGGAGUGGCCAGGCGAAGUCUCCUCAGUUACCCGGCAGUGAACCGCUACUCGUCGUCUUCGCUGUCCUCUCAGGCGUCCAACGAGGUCAGCAACAUCACGGGUCAGUCGGAGAGCUCGGAUGAAGUUUUCAACAUGCAGCCCAGUCCGUCUACCUCCAGCCUGAGCUCCAACCACUCCGCCUCACCCAACGUCACCAGCUCAGCUCCCUCCAGUGCCCGAGGUUCGCCGCAGAUGGCCGAGAAACACAAGCACUCCAGAGAGAACGCCUGCCUGUCGCCGAGAGAGAGGCCCGUCAGUGCCAUCUUCCCCAACCCGCUGGACCCUGCGCAGAGGGCCGCUCCUCAUCACAUAGGUGACGCCACUUUACCCCGCAGUGACCCCAACCUCUCGGCUCCAGACAAAGUGCGACCCACGCCCAGUAGCUGGAGCCUGGACAGCGUCAAAGAGGGCGUGUCGUCCUUCUCUGACCCUGUUGGCAAGUUGCUAGUCCCUCCCAUCCCUCCCAGGCCACCGUACUCAGGCUCUUCGGCGAAAAACAUGAGGUCGCAGUCUCCCAUUCUCAUGUCCAGGUCGCCGCAAAAGGCCACCAUGCCCCCGUUCACGCCGUCGCCCACCGAGUGCCACUCCACAAGCCUGGUCUCCAACUCGCCCGUCCUCUCGGGCAGCUACAGCAGCGGCAUCUCCUCGCUCAGCCGCUGCAGCGUGUCAGAGGCGUCGGGCACCGAUUCGGCCCCCGACGAGCCCGUCCGCAGAGAGAACAAGACGCCGCCGCCUUACAGCGUCUACGAGAGGAACAACCCCCGCGGCCGCCCCGUGCCGCUGCCCCACAGCCUGUCCAUCCCGCCGCAGGCAGACCCCCCGGCCCUGCCCCCCAAACCUCACCAGCUGCGCACGGGCAGCAUGAAGCUGGACGGAACCUCGGACCCUCGCGUGCCCAGGCCGAGGCCUCUGCCCCGGAAGGUGUCGCAGCUAUAGGAGGACGGCAAUGUGACGGCAAAGAAACACACUGGCAUUAUUUGCACUUUUCUACUGGGCACUCAACUUUUGGGUUGUUUGUUUUUCAGCUCGGAAUCCCGUACCUCCGCUCCGAUAAAAGGCGGGCGGUUUUUAGAAACGGAGCCUCAUUUUUCUAUAGCUUGUGUUUACACUUAGUACAGUUUUGAUAGGCGUCAUCAUUGGACAUAUAUUCGGAAUAGACUGGAUAAGGAUUGUUUUUUUUGCCUUAAGUAUUGGGAACCGUCAAUCUUGCACGUUUUUUUUUUUCUUUCUGCGUCUUUUGUAACAAUUGUACAUUUGUACACUGUAUGGCUAAAAUGGUGCUUGAGAAGAAAUUAAACACGGAUCAAUAUCGUCAUAUCCACGCCAGCGAUGGUAUGAUGAAGUGACAUUUCCGAAUGAUUACUUUUUUUUUUUUUUUUUUUAAGCAAAGGUAACUUUACCGUUUGAAGACCAGCAACUUUUUAAGGUUAGUCGUCGAGGCCAGUCGUUUGCUUCGCAACCCACUACCCUCUGUCGACUUUUUUUUUUUUCCAAUCAGCUUUGCACUUUUCAAUGAAGAAAGUUGGACCAAUCACUUGGGCGAUUAUUGGCAUUUUUGCAUGCUUUAGAGCCUGGACUUGUCCUUGACCGUAUUGCAUGACCUUCAACGGUUGGGCUCCAUGUAUUGUGCCAAAGUAUAAUGCACAACGGAACAUGUUUUUUUGUUUUGUUUUGGUUUUUUUAAAUAGUGCCAAGACAACAAAAUGAAUUGCUCAUCUCAGCAGACCAUCUGCAACGUGAUUUUUGCAGACCCCAAAAAUGCUCUACUCUACUGAUCAUACGCAACUUUUUUUUUUUUUUCCAAGCACAAUUCUACGACGCUGUCAGAAACAUGACAAGUACUGUUAUGUCAUCUCUCUUGGACAAAGUAAUUGGAGCAGAAAUGACAUGUAAAGUCGAAACGUAGAUUGUUGUUGACGACCCCGUUUAAUGGCACCGCCAUCGCUCGGUGACGAGUCCAUUCUGAUGCGUACGCCAGAGGACAUUCAGCAUCGCAUGUUCCUCAGUUGUGAGUUCAGUGAUGCUUUUUUUUUUUUUUUUUUUUCCCCAGAAUGGGUUAGGUAGGGGGUUAGCUUUAGUAUUGUUUGUAUGUCUCAUUUUUGUAGUUGUUUUAUGAUUUUUUUUUUUUUUUUAACAUGAAAUAUUUCCAUUAAUCAGUUCUGGAGAACCUGUAAAUUAUGUGAUGAGAUUAAUGUAAGUAAGCCAAAUAUUAAAAAAAAAAAGUAUUGCAAUUUAUGUAAAUACUGUGUUUUUAACAAAAUGUAGUUAUAACGAUUUACAGCUUUGAAUGUAAUGUUGAAGCAGCAAAUGAUUAUUAUUAUAAAUGUGCAAACGUUUAUGGGUUUUGUGAGUGUAGAAAAAAAAUAAAAGGUCAUGCUUUUAUGACGCCUAACACAUUUACAAGUUCAAUAAACGGCCCACUGUAAA